ACAAUGAGGAGAAUAAAAGAGAAAACAUAAACAAAAUUGAUGAAUCUUCCCGAAGAUGUAUUGUUUGAAAUUUUAUUAAGGCUGCCAGUGAAAUCACUAUUGAGAUUCAAAGCUGUCUGCAAAUCAUUCUACAUUGUCAUCACAAAUUUUGCUUUUAUUUCCAAACACCUCAACAACAAAGGAAUCCCCCGCCUCCUCGUUUGCCAUCGUGACAACCACUCCAAUAAACGACUCGUCUCAUUGUUCACCAAUGACAAUCUAGCCGAGCCUAUGAGCCUCGAUGUACCUCCAUUUUUUAACAACAAUUUUGGUCACGUACGACUCAUUGGUCCAUGUAAUGGCAUUGUUUGUUUAUAUGGAUUUCCUGAUAACAUUGCUUUAUGGAACCCCGCAACUAGAGACUUCAAGUCUCUCCCGGUGUCCCAAAUAUCACGCCCACAUGAUGCCAAAGUCCUUGGUGGUGAUCUUGCUUUUGGCUUCGAUUCCAAAGCUAAUGAUUACAAGGUAGUGCAAAUAUUGUUUUGCUCUUCUAAACAACUCGGGGUUGCUUAUCAAGUCGAGGUAUACAAUUUGAGUACAAAUUCAUGGAGAAAAUACCAUGCAAUCGUGCCAGCAAAUAUCAUGUUUCUUAACAUUUGGAGUAUGCUAUAUAAAUCAGAAACUUUUUGUUGGUGGGCAAAAGAUGGUAACAUUGAGGUAAUCCUUUCAUUUGAUAUGUCCAAUGAGAAAUUUCACAAAAUUCCACUACCAUUUGAUAUUGGAGAUCUCGGGGGAGAGAACAAAGUUAUUCGGUCUAUUGUGCCUAUGAACGAAUCCAUAGCCCUAAUUGUUUAUCGUAUGAAACAAGUUGAGAAAUUUUUCGAUUUAUGGGUAUUGAACGAAUUUGGUGUUGAUGAGUCUUGGACCAAAUUGUCAACGAUUGGACCUCUUUCAAGAGUCGAAAGGCCAUUGGGUUUUUGGAAGAACGACGAGUUUGUUCUGGAAAAUAGUUGUGGAAUGUUGGUUAUGUUCAACUCUCAUACCCGGAAAAUUAAAAACCUUGGACUUCAGGGUAAAAGAGACAGAUUAGAGGUGCUUAUUUACAAAGAAAGCUUAGUUUCACUCAAUAAUGGGAGUUGAGUUCAAUGGGGAACAAAUCUUUUAGUGAUUGUAAUUUUUUUGCUAGAUAACAUUUUUAUUAAUUUCUUUGUAAAUUGCCUGUAUGAAAGCCAUAUCGAAUAGAUUGUGGAGUUCAGUAUUUUUAUGAUGACAUACACUUAUGUCUUGUGUAGAAUUGAGGAACAAAUUUAUAUGUGAUGGUAUUACA